UUCACUCGGAGGUUCAUUAGUUCUAGUUUGUCAUAGACAUGGCGUACCGGAAAAACCAUGUCUCGCUCCUGCUUGUGGGUCUUGUUCUCUGGGUCGCAAGCGACAGGAUAUACGCCUUCACGAUCACGUUCCCCGGGAAGAUCUCUUGGAACGACGGGAACGUCAUCAUUCGGGGAAACUCCGUCGGGGUCGCUGCGAUCGCACUGAAGGAGGGCGCCCUGGUCGUCGGCGGUACGACCAUCUGCGAGAGCUACACGGACGUGGUGGCCGGCAAAGAACCCAUCUACCAGAAGUCCCCGGACGGCUCCAGCUGGUACGCCAACGUCAAGGUCGGGGAGCCCAUGAGCUACGCUGAGAUCCAGGCCUUCGAGGCCAAGUGGCCCAAGUUCGCCCAGGGGAGGGAAGAGCGCGUUCGGAAGGCGCUCCAGGCGGCACGGGAUCCGAAUUGGGGCGCCGCGCUGGCCAGACCCCGGCCCGCCAGGGACGCGAAGAGGCGUUCGCUAGGAGGGUUUUUCACCUCGUUUUGGCCGUUUUCCGGGUGGUGGUGAAGACUCUGCACAACUUCGGAUGACGAGUAUUUGAGCAGACAAGUGCUAGUAUCCGUCGCUAGGCUCUUGAAUUUUCAAAGAGCACGGGAGUAAUAGGAAAAAAUGUACAUUUUACUUUUCGUGGCGAACGCAAUUGUAUCUGGUGAAAACAAGUUAAUAAAAAACCAAUAUUCAGCAGC